CGGUUGUAGUUGUGGAGGUCAGCCCCGCCCCUUCCUCUUUCCCUCCGAGAAGGCGGCGGAGGCUCACUAUACAGUCAUGGCCAAGAUUAAGGCUCGAGACCUUCGCGGCAAGAAGAAGGAGGAGCUGCUGAAACAGCUGGAGGACCUGAAAGUGGAGCUGUCCCAGCUACGCGUGGCUAAAGUAACAGGCGGCGCGGCUUCCAAACUCUCCAAGAUCCGAGUUGUUCGCAAAUCCAUCGCCCGUGUACUCACCGUCAUUAACCAGACUCAGAAAGAGAACCUCAGGAAAUUCUAUAAGGGCAAGAAGUACAAGCCCCUGGAUCUGCGGCCCAAGAAAACGCGUGCCAUGCGCCGCCGGCUCAACAAACACGAAGAGAACCUGAAGACCAAGAAGCAGCAGCGGAAGGAGCGGCUGUACCCGCUCCGGAAGUACGCGGUCAAGGCCUGAGCAUCCAGGUGUCAAUAAAACAAACAAACUGGC